CGGUUUGGGGCGAGCGGUCGCAUUUGCAUUCGCUCUGCAUUCGCUCUGCAGGUAGUAUAACUUUUAUAACUUUUCAUUACAUUUCAUUAUAGUACAACGAUUUAAUUUGUCCAACCUUAGCAAUUUCUUCUUAACUAGCUACAUAGCCGUCUGUGUAUCAAAGAUAACUGCGUAAUUAUCGUAUUUCGUCGUCUCGUUGUCCACUGCUAUCUGCCCAGCAGCUAGCAAACGUCCACCGUCUACCGAAUAGUAGUAUAACUUUUCAUUACAUUUCAUUAUAGUACAACGGUCUGAUUUUCAUUUUCAUUACAGUACAACGGUUUGAUUUGUUUGAUCUUAGCUAGCUACAUAGCCGUCUUUUAUCAAACAUAAUUGCGUCGUUAUUGAGGUUCGCUAGCGAGCUAUUUUCGUUCGAAAUUAACGCAACGUAGCCAACACUGCUAGCUAGCCAGCUUGCCACCGAAGAGCAUUGUAGAAACGAUUACAAUACAACGGAACGACUUGUUUUGUGUAGUGUUAGCUAGCUACAUAGUUUUCUUUGCUAGCUUUGUAUCUAAGAUAAUUGUGUAACUCUGAGUAAUUAUCGGUUAGCUACCCAGCUAGUUUCGCCUGCCGCGCUGCCGUCCUCCUACCUAGCCAACACUGCUAGCUAACACUGCUAGCUAGCCAACUUCUACCGAAUAGCAGCACUGUAGAAACUUACAUUACAACGGAACGACUUGAUUAGCGUAGUGUUAGCUAGUUGUCUUUGCUGUCCUUGUAUCCAUGAUAAUUGUGUAGUUUAGAGAAACUUAGAGAAACUGUCGAGGUCACCUAGCCAGCUUCACUUUCAACAACGCAGCUACUGCUAGCCAGGCUACUUCACCAGCCAGCAGUACUAUAUCAUUUUAGUCAAUAAGAUUUUUAAUUUUAUUGAUUUUUUGCUACGUAAGCUUAACUUUCUGAACAUUCGAGACGUGUAGCCCACUUGUCAUUCUAAUCCCCUUUGCUUUAGCGUAGCCUCUUCUGUAGCCUGUCAAAUAUGUGUCUGUCUAUCCCUGUUCUCUCCUCUCUGCACAGACCAUACAAACGCCUCACACCGCGUGGCCGCGCCCACCCUAACCUGGUGGUCCCAGCCCGCACGACCCACGUGGAGUUCCAGGUCUCCGGUAGCCUCUGGAACUGCCGAUCCGCGGCCAACAAGGCAGAGCUCAUCUCAGCCUAUGCGUCCCUCCAGUCCCUCGACUUCUUGGCACUGACGGAAACAUGGCUCACCACAGAUAACACUGCUACUCCUACUGCUCUCUCUUCGUCUGCCCACGUGUUCUCGCACACCCCGAGAGCUUCUGGUCAGCGGGGUGGUGGCACCGGGAUCCUCAUCUCUCCCAAGUGGUCAUUCUCUCUUUCUCCCCUUACCCAUCUGUCUAUCGCCUCCUUUGAAUUCCAUGCUGUCACAGUUACCAGCCCUUUCAAGCUUAACAUCCUUAUCAUUUAUCGCCCUCCAGGUUCCCUUGGAGAGUUCAUCAAUGAGCUUGAUGCCUUGAUAAGCUCCUUUCCUGAGGACGGCUCACCUCUCACAGUUCUGGACCAUUUCCGGAGACCUUCUCCCUUACCUCACCUCGCUCAUCAACUCAUCCCUGACCGCUGGCUACGUCCCUUCCGUCUUCAAGAGAGCGAGAGUUGCACCCCUUCUGAAAAAACCUACACUCGAUCCCUCCGAUGUCAACAACUACAGACCAGUAUCCCUUCUUUCUUUUCUCUCCAAAACUCUUGAACGUGCCGUCCUUGGCCAG